UGAAAAGUAGGCGGUAUAUUUUUGAGGUAUAUUUUAUCGAUAGGUCCAAUAAGGACAACUGCUUGCAAGGACAACACAAUUUUUUCUCCUUUUGUGCCUCCCAAUUAGUGCCGUCUCGUCCCUAUUCCAAUUGGAGAACUGCUAAGAGCCGUUAGAGUCCCGAUUCCAAAAUGCAUUGGUGGCGUCCCAGCGAAUAGAUGCCGCUGCAGUAGCCAGACAGUAGCCCACAGCCGAAAAUGAACAAUUUGGAGCACGUCAAGCACUUCUACCCAGAAAACUAUAAAUUGGAUCUUUCGGAGACGAUGAAGGCGGCACUAUCCAAGGGUCCCGGCGUCGGGGGCGUGGCCAGUGGGUCAUCGCACAGCGACAUGCUGCCGCAGCCGAAUGCCGGACUUCCCGGCGUGGGCUAUGUGACCGAGAAGCUCUACAUGCUGCUGCAGCUCUAUUUGCAGAACAAGGGCUGGAACCCGAGCGCCGAGCUGCUGCAGUGCUUCAGCGAUCUGAAGGACAACGCCAUGCUGCCCAGUGCCGCCUAUCUGCAGGUCUUGGCCAAUCGACUGACGCUAGACUCACAGGGUCGCCUGAUUCUGCGCGAUAAUGGAAAGAUUGUUCUGCCGUUUGAGCAUUUCGCCAAUGCGGUCAUGCUAAAGCACAUGUCCGGUCCCCACGGGCUUCAUCUAAGUGUGGACGCCACAGUGCGGGCUGUAAUCGAGUCCUACACGAUUGGGCGGGAUCAGUUCGGGAUGGAAAAGGAGUUCAUUAUCGAGGUGGUCCAGUCGUGCCCCAGCCCCGCCUGCCGCUACUACAAGAACCACAUGGGCAUCUCACCCAUGCCAUUCAUGGAGCAACAGUAUCCUGGCGUGAAUACGCCCGACUUUUUGCAACGACUCUCCCAUCUGCCGCCCAGCAGUGCAGCCGGAGGAAAUGCUGCAGCUGGCUCUGCUUCCAGCGCUGCCAGCAGCACCAGCUCAAGCAAUGUGGAAAUGGACUUAUCCAAGUCGACGGGCUCCAAGGUGACACAGGUUCCAGUGCCGCCGCAACUCCAGCAUCUGACCAAGCAGCAGCAGAACAGCAUCCAGACGCAGCUCUCACAGAUCAGUGCUGCCGCCGCACAUCAUCAACAGCAGCAACAGCAACAACAACAGCAGCAACAGCAGCAGCAGCAACAACAGCAACAACAACAGCAGCAGGCCCAGGCGCAGGCCAAGCACCAGCAACAGCUUACGGCGGCUCUGAUACAGCAACAAAAUCGAGUGCUCGCCCAGCAGAGCCUUGAGAAGCUAAGCAAUUUAAGUCCGCUGGAGAAGCAGCGUGUGUUUGCUCAACUGGAUCCUAAGCACUUUGAUCCCAUGGCCGUGGCCGCAGCAGCAGCCAAUUUACAGAUCCAGGGACUAAUGCAAUCGCAGGCAGUGGCCGCUGCCGUGGCCGCAAAUCAGCAGCCGACUCCGGCCACCAGCACAUCCACGUCCGGGGGCUCCGGUGUCAGUUCACAAACCCAUCACCAUCCAAUGCCACCACCAUCGCAGUCGCCGCACUCAUCUUCAUCGUCUUCCUCGCACUCGUCGCUGGAUCAGCUAUCACAUAAGAAUGCAGCAGAUUCCUUGCGCUCAAAUCUUGAUUCGAUUGAGUCGAACAAAGAUCUACUGGCCCUGCACAACGGGGCCUGGGCCACCAGUGAUGCCUAUCGCUUGGACCACAUGGCUGUUGGCCAGGACAAGAUUGUACGCAUUUUUUCCGAACUUAUGCGGAACAUGUCUCGCAUGAAGACCUACAUACGUCCAUCUAUGUGCAAGCCCUACGGCAAGCAGAGCGAGAGUCUGCAGAAGACACUCAUGGACACAAUUCAGAUUGUGCAAACGCUGCGCAACUGCUUGCCGGCUCCCCACAUACCGGUCUCCUCCUGGAAGAGUGAGAGCGAGGGUAACUUGGGGGCAGGUGUUAGUGUCGGCGUUGGCGUCGCCGUUCCACAAGGACUAAAUUUGAGCGCCGCCUUGGGUCUGCCAUCGGGCAGAUUGGACAACAUGCACUAGGCGGGGAUGGUAAGAGAGAUUCUCUAAGAUGAACCCAACAGAAUGAUAUCAUUUCAUACACUUAACGCUCGAAUUCUUCCAGAAUGUCGAGAAUACAUAGUAUUACAUAUACAUAAACCCAUUUAUAUGAUAAGGAUAGAGGUUCACCUUCAUAGGCUUGACUCCAGUUUUCCUUUUAGCAAUUAUGUGCCAUGUUCAACACAAGACUUGAUUUCGUUUCAACACUUGACUGACAUUUAGAUGUGUACGAGUAUAUAUUUCGACCCGAUCCCGAUGGGGAUUAUGGUUGGGUGCGGUGCCCAUGCGCUGUACAAGGGGUCAUCCUCGCAUAAUACCAGGUUGAGCCUUGUAGGGUGCAUCGAAACAGCGGUUGGAACCGUUUUUUAUGAAUCUAAGUAUCUUCUUUACUGACUUAUUCCUCACCUCACUCUGUACUUCCCGAUUUGGCAUACAAAAUUAACACGCAAAAUGGAGAAUUAGUUAAAAAAUUGGCAAAACGUCUGUGAUAUUUAAAUUAUGUUGGCAAAUGGAAAGAAAAACUAAAUUUAACUUUUUUUUUUAUAUAUUGUGUGCCCUUUGUUGUGACGAUUUUACAAUACUUACUUUGUGCAAUACCUACUAAGCAUCUAUUCUUAACUAUGUAUUCCUGUGCAAUUGACGACUUCUCACCCAUAUCAAACCCCAACUCGAAUCUAACAUGGCAGCAUGCCCGCCCCCACACUACAUAAUAUUAUACAAACGAGUAUGUAGACGCAUAAGAUUUAUAUUAUAUUUUGCAUUAGAAAUACAUACAUAUUUAGGUGUAUCGCGGCUCAUCGAUUGAGAAUGUUGAGUCUAGGAAGAGAUGAGACAAAAGGAGUUGUGUUUAAAUUUAAGAAGCAGAAGAACAUGUGAAGAUAUGAAGGGUUGUAUUCCAGCUACACGCAUACGUAUAGUAUAGGCUAUUUAAAUAUACUUUAUUCCGCCGUGCUCAUCAUUGAAAUAUCCGAAUCGUAGCAUGCAAACAGUAUUAAACCCAAUAAAAAGACACUUGCAAACCAUAAGUAUUUAUCUAGCUAAAGUGAAUGCAUUUAGCAUAACAUAACAUAAUCGCUUGAUGUUUAUCUUCUGGACUUAAAUAAACAUUUUAUUCUA